CUCCAGUAGUACCCUGAUACAGGAGCAGGGAAGGAGAGCCUUCUAUCUCCAGUAGGACCCUGAUACAGGAGCAGGGAAGGAGAGCCUUCUAUCUCCAGCAGUACCCUGAUACAGGAGCAGUGAGACUUAACUAUCUCCCGCAAUACCCUGAUACAGGAGCAGGGAAGGAAAGACUUUUAUCUCCAGUAGUACUCUGGUACAGAAGCAGGGAAGGAGAGACUUCUAUCUCCAGAAUAUCACUGAUACAGGAGCAGGGAUUGGGAGCCUAGCAUCUAUCUCCAGUACACCAUGACACAGGAGCAGGGAAAGAGAGCCGCCGCCUGUUAUCUCAUGUAGUACAUAGUACAGGAGUAGGGAAGGAGAUACGUCUUCUUUCUCCAGUAGUACACUGAUACGGGAGCAGGGAAGGAUUGACCCUCCUAUUUCCUGAUACAGAAUCAGGAAAGGAGAAAUGCAGGAACCAUAUUGUUUAAACUUCUCCUUCCUUCACUCUUCUCUACUCUGCGAACCAAGAAAUAGUUUCUAUACAAUUAAUUAACUUGGUCUCAAACUAGUUUCAGGAUUUCAACUUUUUUAGAGGCAACCAAGUUUUCAGUCGAUUAAAGGCGGGCUAGCUAUCAAGAGGCGUGGCAGAAUGACGGAUAAGAAGGUGUGUGUGGCUGUGGUGGGGGCGGGGCUUGUUGGAUCUUUGGAGGCGUGUUUUCUGGCUCAGAGAGGGAUGGAGGUUCAUGUGUACGACGUGAGAGCUGACAUAAGACAAAUGGAGCAUGUUCCAGGUAGAUCAAUCAACCUCGCCAUGUCGGUCAGAGCGCUCUCCGCCCUCUCCCAGAUCGGACUAGCGGACCAUGUGAAGAACGAGUACGGUAUCCCAAUGUAUGCUCGAAUGAUUCACAACCUGGAUGGAGCUACUUUUCCUAUUCCCUACGGGAAGGGUGAGCAGUGUAUCUAUUCUGUUGGGAGACGGUAUGUAAAUGAGAUACUGUUGGAUAAAGGAGAUACAUAUUCGAAUAUAACUUACCAUUUUAAUCAUAAACUACUCAAAGCAGAUCUGGACAAACCACAGCUUAUAUUCGUCAGAACAGAUUCAGACAAUGAAGAAAAGGUUAUUGUGAAUCCUGAUCUGGUGAUAGGCUGUGACGGAGCUUACUCUGCUGUUAGAAGAGAGAUGAUGAGAAAACCAAGGUUUAACUAUAGUCAGGAGUACAUACCUCAUGCUUACAUGGAGCUCUCUGUCCCACCAACUCCUGACGGAGAUUUCGCAAUGCCGCGAAACUAUCUUCAUAUCUGGCCACGUGGUCAGUUUAUGAUGAUAGCGCUGCCUAACCAGGACAGAUCCUUUACUCUCACACUCUUUAUGCCGACAGACACCUUUAGUUCUCUGACAGACACGGAGUCCGUCCUCCAGUUCUUUAAUGAGAACUUUCAGGAUUCCAUUCCUCUGAUAGGACAGGAGAACCUAGUUAAAUCCUAUCUAGAAAACCCUGCUCUGCCUCUUGUAAGUAUAAAAUGCUUCCCGUACAACAUUGGUUCGACCGCUGUUAUCAUGGGGGACGCGGCGCAUGCCAUGGUUCCCUUCUACGGUCAGGGGAUGAACUGCGGGAUGGAGGACUGCUUGGUGAUGAACGACUGUUUGAAUCAGAACCCGGAGCUAGGUGUGGCUCUUGAUGAGUACAGUAAGUUUAGGAAUCCUGAUGCAGAGGCAAUGUGUGAUCUAGCAUUAUACAACUAUGUUGAGAUGAGAGAUUUGGUGAAUAAGAAAUCCUUCCUCCUUCGUAAAAAAUUCGAUAAUUUCCUUCACUGGAUGUUUCCCAACAAAUGGGUUCCACUCUAUACUUCAGUCACCUUCUCCAGAAUGCGCUAUCAUGAGUGUAUCUUGAAUAAGGACUGGCAGGACUCCACCAUAACCCGGAUAUUUAGCGUGGGUGGGUUAACCGGCCUCCUAGCUGUAUACUUAGCCUCCAAACAUUUUACAGGAACUGCUCAGCUACUCCAGGAUGUUGGACUCAACCUUCUUCAUAGGAUUCAGCGGCUCCAGGCAAUAUGGUUCUAACAUGCUCUAAGGUCGUAACUUUAUUUGAAGAUGGCGCUGAUUUACAAUGCGUCGUUAACUACGAUAUCCACAUUGGAAACUCUUUAUUUAAAGCGACUUGUACUUAUUUAGUGAAAUACACCUUGUCUUAUAUU